CGACAUUCACGCCCAUUUUAUCUCGAUAACGAUGAACGCUACCGAGCUCCUCGCCAAUACCCUAUCAGCAGAUACAAAUACGCGUCAAACUGCCACCCAGCAGCUCGAAAAUGCGUCGAGGGAGAACUAUCCCGCGUACUUGGUGAUGCUCUCCUCCGAGCUCGCCAACGAAAGCUCUCCCAUUCACGUCCGUAACGCAGCCGGUCUGGCUCUCAAAAACGCUCUGUCUGCUCGCGAAGCGGAACGGCAGGACGAGUACGCGACGAGGUGGAUCGCGUUGGAUAACGAGACAAAGUACAAGAUCAAGGGAGAGUCUCUCUCUACACUCGGAUCUACCCAGACAAGGGCCGGCUCCGUCGCUGCUCAAGUCGUUUCAGCUAUUGCUACGGUCGAGCUGCCUCACGACCAUUGGCCUGAGCUCAUCGAGAUGCUCCUCGGUUUUGUCAACAACUCCAACGACGCCAACCUCAAGAUCGCGACUCUUCAGGCCAUCGGUUUCAUCUGCGAAGGCAUAAAACCUGAAGUCCUCAGUGCACGGUCAAACGAAAUCCUCACUGCCGUCAUCCAUGGCGCACGCAGGGAGGAGCCGUCGGCAGAUGUGCAGCUUGCAGCAGUUCACUCGCUCUUCAACUCUUUGGAGUUUGUGCGCGAAAACUUUGAACGCGAGGGCGAAAGGAAUUAUAUUAUGCAGGUAAUUUGCGAGGCGACACAAAAUCCCAACGUCGCUGUACAAGUCGGCGCGUUCGAGUGCUUGGUCAAGAUUAUGGCCCUUUAUUACGACAAGAUGGGCUUCUACAUGGAGCAAGCUUUGUUCGGGCUUACUGUCGUCGGAAUGAAGCACACUGAUGAGCGCGUCGCUCUCCAAGCUGUUGAGUUUUGGACAACUGUCUGUGAGGAAGAAAUUGAGCUGGCCCACGAGGCUACAGAGGCUGCUGAGUACGGCGAGCCACCAGAAAUCGAGUCCAAGCAUUUUGCCAAAAUUGCGCUCCCUGAGAUCACGCCUGUACUCUUGUCUCUACUCACCCGCCAGGAAGAGGAUGCCGACGAAGACGAGUGGAACAUCUCGAUGUCUGCCGGAACAUGCCUUACGUUCCUCGCCCAGGCAGUCGCCGAUUCCAUCGUCCCCGCCGUCAUCCCCUUCAUCGAGGCUAACAUCAAGGCCCAGGACUGGCAUCACCGUGAGGCUGCCGUCAUGACCUUCGGCUCUAUCCUCGACGGUCCGGAUCCCUCUGUUCUCACGCCCUUGGUCAACCAAGCCCUGCCGCUUCUGAUUGACAUGAUGAACGAUUCGAAUAGGCACGUCAAGGACACGACAGCAUGGACUCUUGGCAGAAUAUGCGACCUGCUCAUCGUCACUAUCAAGCCUGACGUUCACCUCCACCCGCUCAUUUCGGCGCUCGUCACUGGUCUCCAGGAUGAUCCGCGCAUUAUCACGAACUGCUGCUGGGCCUUGAUGAACCUUGCUGACCAGCUGGGAGGUUAUUACGAUGACGACGCGGAUGCUGCUCAGACCGGCCCGCUCUCGCCUUAUUUCGAGGGCAUUAUCAAUGCUCUUCUCCGUGUCACUGAGACCGCGAACAACGAGUCUAACUUCAGGACGUCUGCAUAUGAAGCUAUCACCUCUUAUGUUACUCACGCUACGAACGAUGUCAUUCCUGUCGUCCAAAACACCGUAUUGACGAUGCUUGCACGAAUGGAACAACUUUUGAGCAUGCAGAACCAAAUUGUUGGCGUCGAUGACCGCAACAACUGGAACGAGUUGCAAAGCAACUUGUGCAGCGUUCUUAUUAGUGUGAUCCGGAGACUAGGCGACGGCAUCCAGCCGCUGGCAGACCGCAUCAUGACAUCUCUCUUGCAGCUCAUCCAGGCCGCCGGCAAGACCUCGACCAUUUUGGAAGACGCUUUCCUUGUCGUUGGUGCUAUGGCCGCAGCGCUUGAGCAACGGUUUGGACCAUAUAUCACGGCAUUCCUGCCUUUCCUCCAUCCGGCCCUCAAGUCGCAUGAGGAUACCCAGCUGUGUAUGGUUGCCGUCGGCAUCAUCGGUGAUAUUUCGCGUGCACUAGGCGAACAGAGCGUCCAAUACGCGGGCGCCUUUAUGAACGUGCUACUCGAGAACCUCCAAAGCGAGGUUCUUAACCGCAACGUCAAAAUUUCCAUCCUUGCGUGCUUUGGUGAUAUCGCUCUUGCCAUUGGUCCUUCCUUUGAGCCUUACCUUGAGACGUCAAUGACUGUGCUUAGACAAGCUGGCGCCGUUGAGCCUAACCCCAUUGACUUUGACCUUGUUGACUAUGUCGCUCAGUUGCGCGAGGGUAUCCUCGAAGCGUACACUGGCAUUGUUACAGGCUUGAAGAACUCCGAAAAGGCUUCGCUCCUACUGGCAUAUUGCCCAAGCAUGCUGGAGCUCGUCCAGCGCUGCUUGGCUGAUGAGGAGCGCACUGAUGCUAUUGUCAAGCUGUCCUUCGGUCUCAUGGGUGAUCUGGCGUCCGCGUUCCCGAACGGUGAGCUGAAGCAAGUUUUCUUGGCCGAGUGGAUCGUCUCGGAACUCCGCACGAAGCGCGGUAUGCCUCCCGAAACGAGGAAGGUGAUGCGUUGGGCUCGCGAGAUGAUCAAGCGUGCAACUGUAUAGUUUCCUUUUGGUCUGGGUUCUUGUCUUAUCUCAUUCUACCGCACCUCAAUCUACUCCGUUCUCCUUACAUACUUUGUUUCCUUUCUUCCAUAUUCCUCGUUAUCGCCCUCUGAAGGAGGCACUGCAUUUCAUUAUUACACAUUCGCACAAUGUAUAGAAUGUUUCCCAUCAUCCUUCUGCUGCCGUUUACUUAGGCAGAGUCCCAAUUGCUGAACUUGCGAUCCAUCCCUGUAUCCCUUAACCACCUUUCUACUCCAUCCUGGCUGCAUCUUAGUGUCUACGUUUCAAUUCAAGUAAUUGUAUUGGAGUUUGUCCCAUUCGACCUAUCUUUGAUACCACCUUUUCUAUCUUUGGGGUACCUUUGCUUCUGGUCUUUGCUGCCCCUCUUCAAACUCUU